AUGGGCCGGAAGAAGAAGAAGCAGCUGAAGCCAUGGUGCUGGUACUGCAACAGAGACUUUGAUGAUGAGAAGAUCCUCAUCCAACACCAGAAGGCCAAACAUUUCAAGUGUCACAUCUGUCACAAGAAGCUGUACACUGGGCCGGGCCUGGCCAUCCAUUGUAUGCAGGUUCAUAAAGAGACCAUUGAUGCUGUACCGAAUGCCAUCCCCGGGCGCACAGACAUUGAGCUGGAAAUUUAUGGCAUGGAGGGCAUUCCUGAGAAGGACAUGGAGGAAAGGAGACGCAUGCUGGAACAGAAGACACAAGUGGAUGGACAGAAAAAGAGAAUGGACGACUCGGAUUAUGAUGAUGAUGAUGAAUCUGGCCCUUCUUCCUCUUUUCCCCCACAAAUGCAGCCCCAGCAAAGUUACAUGUCAGCCAUGGCUCAGCCAGGCCUCCAUGGCUUGGCAGGUGCUCCAGGCAUGCCUCCAGGAAUACCACCACUGAUGCCGCAUGUGCCCCCGGUUAUGCCAGGAAUCCCACCAGGAAUGCAAGGGAUGCAUCAUGGGUUAGUAUGUGAUUCGGGUUGUGUGAUGCUGUCAAUGAGUGGCAUGAUGCACGCUGCCUCAGGAAUGCCCCACAUGAUGGCUGGCUUACCUCCAGGUGUCCCUCCUCCAUUAGGACCUCGUCCUGGCAUACCGGCCACCACACAAAAUCAGCAAAUCUCCGCACCAGGUAUGGGCAGGCUACCCACACCCAGUACAUCAGCCCCUGCUAUGCAGUCUGUGCCCAAACCACUCUUUCCCAGUGCUGGACAGAUGGGAUCACUUGUCACAAGCUCAACAUCGUCCUCCAAUUCGGAGACCCUCUCUGCACCUGCUAAAGCCCUCUUUCCUAGUGCUGCACAAGCUCAUUCAUCGGUGUCAGGCCCGGUUGGAACAGACUUCAAACCAUUAAGCAGUGCCCCAGUUACGACGUCUGAGCCACCUAAAGCAACAUUUCCUGCUUAUACGCAGUCCACAAUGUCAACCACUAGCACCACCAAUAGCACUGCUGCUAAACCAUCUCCAUCCAUAACAAGUAAGCCUGCUACCCUGACUACUACUAGUGCCACUAGUAAGUUGAUCCAUCCCGAUGAGGAUAUUUCACUGGAAGAGAAACGUGCCCAGCACCUGAAAUACCAGCGUAAUCUUCCACGGCCGGGCCAGGCACCCAUGGGCAGUAUGGGAAAUUCAGCUGUGGGACCGCUAGGAGCUCUGAUGGGACAACAGCAAGGAAUUCCACCCCAGCAGCCCAACUUAAGGCAUCCGUUACCGCCUCAUGGUCAGUUUGGUGGGCCACACCAGAAUAUGCCUGGCUUCCACCCAGCCGCCAUGCCACCCUUUGGACAAGCACCUCCUAUGGGUCCUCCUUACCAGGGUGGCCCCCCUCGGCCUCUGAUGGGAAUGCGUCCUCCUGUAAUGUCUCAAGGUGGCCGCUACUGACCGUUCUGCACUGUUAAUAGGUUUGGAGAUUAAAGCUUUCUUCUCACCUUGUGCUGUGUAUAUAGCCGCGCUCCAUCUCUCCCGCAUACCAGGAACUGUCGGACAUUGUUUUACAUUGGGGGAGGGGAUUUUUAUUUUCGGGGAGGUUGGUUCAGGGACGUUGGCGGACCUUUUCAUGCAAUUUAUACUGUAUGGCUUCUUUUCCAUCUAGGUUUUUAGAAGUGGCGUGUAGUAAUUAUGGUUCAAUUGUGAAGGCGCCAUAUACCAGGCAAAAGGCAAGUCCUGUAACAUUACUUUGCUCUUUGUGAGGCCUUCACAGCUCUUCUUGGGCUGUUGGACUUCUGGUCCCCAACAGUUGUUGGUGAGGGCCGUAACUGUUGUAUCUUGAUGUCCUUGACUGACCUCUCUGUACUGUUAACUAUGUAAUAAAAUGGAAGAACACUUUGA